GGUGAAAAGCCAAAAAACACAAUUUCAGCUGGUAGCAGAGGUCAAAAAGGGAAGGGUAAUUGGUGGAUAAAUCAAAUUCCAUGUAUAGCACAGCCAUUGAUCUUCAGGCAUGUAUAAAAAAUACCUCCCUUUUGCUUUUUCUUCAGCCAUGAGAGGCGGAAGCGCCCCUGCCUGUGCUCGUGCCCGCAGCCCAUUUUCUCCAUAGCCCACAGAACAGAGCCCAGCGCCCACCCUCCAGAAAAUGUACGGUAUGCAGUCCCCUGAGCUGCCUGGGGCGGUUCUGAGGCUGCACAAUGGAGAGCGGCCCAGCCCCAGCCCUGCCCGGGGAGGAGCUGUGCAUUAUUAUUCAACUGCCUCAAUACAGAAGGUCAGAAGGUUCAAUAAGCUCAUCCUCCUCCUCCGCCUCCUCUCACUCUGCUUCUCUCUUGCAGCUUCCAUUUUCAUGGCUAUGAAUACCCAUACGCCCUCUCCUAGCAACAACACUUCAGGAACUUUACCCACUUCAAACAAGGCAAAUUGGUAUGAUUAUGACGCCUUUAGAUAUGUGUUUGCUGCAAACGCUAUCAUUUGUAUAUACUCGUUAGCCCAAAUGGGUUUGGUCAUGUGGGAGCUUUUGAGGGUCAACACUUUGUUGCCUGAGAUGAUCCAAGUUUGGUUUGAUUUUGGCCAUGACCAGGCAUUUGCGUACAUGCUGAUGUCAGCGAGCUCAGCUGGGACGACAUUAGCACAGAACAUGAGGAGGGGACAGAUAUGGAUAGCGAUGGAUCACACGUGUAACGAUGUGAAUGUGUUUUGUGUGCAAUCAGACAUUGCAAUUUCUCUAGGGUUUGCAGCUUUCGUAUUCGUGGCGUGCGCGUGUUUGCUCUCUGGUUUCCGAGUCGCCUCCUUUAUUAUUACCAACUCUCGCUUCACAUUUAACACUUGACACCGGCACGCCCCUGUCGUACAACUGGCACCUGGCGGGGCACAAAGCUUGUCAAGUCACGUGUACCUUUACAACCAAAACAAAUGCAAUUUCCGGGAGAAUAUGCGUAUGGGCUACGGGCUACCUAUUCCUUAUUUAUUUGUAUUCUUAUCUGGAAAGUAUUUUAAUGCAACACCAGCUUUUUGCGGGCCCCGCUUAUUGGUUAUUGGCAGUUGUGUGUUGUAUUGGUUGGUACUCAUCAUUUUGCCUCCAACUUGGAAGCAGUUUGGAGCAUUUUUUUAAAUUUUAUUAUCAAGCUUUGAGCAA